UGUGGAGAGGGUGUUGUUGUGGUGGUGAGUGCGGCGGGCGCCCCCGGGGGAGGCGGCGGCGGCGACGACGACGACGACGAUGAUGAUGUUGUCGGCGGCAGCGGCCGCGAAGAAGAAUGAGGAGAGGCCGAGCUCCGGCCCCGAGGGUCUGGAGGCGCCGCCGGAGGGAGGCCUGGCCUUAGCAGCGGCGGCGGCCGCCGCCGAGCGGACCCCGAAGAAGAAAGAGCGGGCGUCUCCCCACAGCAGCAGCAGCAACGAGGGCACCAUGGAGGGAGGCACGGCAGAGACCCCGGACGGCCGGAGGACCAGCAAACGCAAGCGAGCUAAAGUGGAGUACAGAGAGAUGGAUGAGAGCUUGGCAAAUCUAUCUGAAGAUGAAUAUUAUUCAGAAGAGGAACGCAAUGCAAAGGCUGAAAAAGAAAAGAAGCAGGUGCCACCACCGCAGCCACCUCCACCUGAAGAGGAAAUUGAAAGUGAUCCAGAAGAACCAUCUGUGCAUUGGAGCAACAUCAAUCUGGCAGGGUCGAUCGCAGGUGUUGAGGGUGCUGCUUUCCAGAGUCGCCUACCUCACGAUCGCAUGACUUCACAGGAAGCAGCCUGUUUCCCUGACAUUAUCAGUGGUCCUGCACAGACCCAGAAGGUGUUUCUAUACAUCAGAAACCGCACAUUGCAGCUCUGGCUGGACAAUCCUAAAGUGCAGUUAACCUUUGAGGUAACUCAUCAGCAGCUGGAGUCUCCAUAUAACAGUGAUGCUGUACUAGUUCACAGGAUACACAGCUACUUGGAGCGCCAUGGGUUAAUUAACUUUGGUAUCUAUAAACGGGUGAAACCACUUCCAACAAAGAAGACAGGGAAGGUGAUCAUUAUUGGUGCUGGAGUGUCGGGUCUGGCAGCAGCUCGCCAGCUACAAAGCUUUGGAAUGGAUGUCACUGUACUGGAGGCAAGAGACCGUGUUGGAGGCCGAGUAGCCACAUUUAGAAAGGGAAACUAUGUUGCUGAUUUGGGUGCCAUGGUUGUAACAGGACUUGGUGGCAACCCAAUGGCAGUAGUUAGCAAGCAAGUGAACAUGGAGCUGGCAAAAAUAAAACAAAAGUGUCCCCUUUAUGAGGCAAAUGGGCAGGCUGGAGAAAGAUGCACAAACGUUCCCAAGGAAAAAGAUGAGAUGGUAGAGCAGGAAUUCAAUCGUUUGCUUGAGGCCACAUCUUACCUCAGUCAUCAGCUGGACUUCAACUAUUUGAAUAAUAAACCUGUAUCGUUAGGACAGGCACUGGAAGUUGUCAUCCAAUUGCAAGAAAAGCACGUGAAGGAUGAACAGAUUGAACACUGGAAGAAAAUAGUGAAAACGCAAGAGGAUCUGAAAGAAUUGCUUAAUAAGAUGGUUUCGUUGAAGGAAAAGAUAAAAGAGCUACAUCAGCAGUACAAAGAAGCUUCUGAAGUAAAGCCCCCACGUGACAUCACAGCGGAAUUUCUGGUGAAAAGUAAAUUGAGAGAUCUAACUGCUUUAUGCAAGGAAUAUGAUGAGCUUGCAGAAGCCCAAGUGAAACUUGAGGAGAAGCUCCAGGAAUUGGAAGCUAACCCACCCAGUGAUGUUUACCUGUCAUCAAGGGACCGACAGAUCCUGGAUUGGCAUUUUGCCAACUUGGAAUUCGCUAAUGCAACACCUCUCUCCACACUUUCAUUGAAGCAUUGGGACCAGGAUGAUGACUUUGAAUUCACAGGAAGUCACUUAACAGUACGAAAUGGUUAUUCUUGUGUCCCGGUUGCACUUGCAGAAGGUCUUGACAUUAAAUUAAAUACAGCUGUUCGACAAGUCCGUUAUACUGCCUCAGGAUGUGAAGUCAUUGCUCAGAAUACGCGUUCAAACAGCCAGACAUUCAUUUACAAGUGUGAUGCAGUUUUAUGCACUCUCCCGCUGGGUGUGUUAAAGCAACAACCUCCAGCAGUUCAGUUUGUACCUCCUCUUCCAGAAUGGAAAACUUCUGCCAUUCAGCGUAUGGGCUUUGGAAAUCUGAACAAGGUUGUAUUAUGUUUUGAUCGUGUAUUCUGGGACCCCAGUGUAAAUCUCUUCGGUCAUGUUGGAAGCACUACUGCUAGUAGGGGAGAGUUGUUUCUUUUUUGGAACCUUUAUAAAGCCCCAAUCCUGUUGGCUCUAGUAGCUGGAGAGGCAGCUGGAAUCAUGGAAAAUAUUAGCGAUGAUGUCAUUGUCGGUCGUUGUCUGGCCAUUCUAAAAGGAAUAUUUGGCAGUAGCGCAGUCCCACAGCCAAAGGAGACUGUUGUAACUCGCUGGCGGGCUGACCCAUGGGCCCGUGGUUCCUAUUCCUAUGUGGCUGCUGGCUCUUCUGGUAAUGACUAUGAUCUAAUGGCACAACCAGUGACCCCAGGCCCCAGCAUCCCUGGGGCUCCUCAGCCAGUCCCUCGUCUCUUCUUUGCUGGAGAGCACACUAUUCGUAACUACCCCGCGACAGUUCAUGGUGCUUUAUUGAGCGGAUUAAGGGAAGCCGGUCGAAUUGCUGAUCAGUUUCUGGGUGCAAUGUACACUCUCGCACGACAAGCGACGCCUGGUAUCCCUACACAACAACCCAGUAGCAUGUAACUUAUAAAAGGCAAGAGUGAUAUGAUGGAAAUCGUUUAAUUGGGGAUUUAACAAAAAGAACUACAGGAGCCCUACUGUAGGUUUGCUGUAGACUUGAUGCACUGGUCUCCAACCUCCUUUUCUUCGUCCCCAUUACUGCCAAAUCUUUGGCGCAUCAUGACCGCGCAACUGAGCCAAGUGGAACAGCUUACUCUGGGUGUGGAAGAGAGGGGACACUUCUGACCAAAUUACAUGGUAGCCAUUCUAAUGCCUUGGGUAUGCUAUAGCAUUAAUUCCUGUGUAAAUGCACCAGACGUUUUGUUAGUGAGAGCAAGAAUGUGAAUGAUUGUGUUAUUGAGGUGUUUUUUUCCCCACAGCAAUACUAGUAUGUGCUUUAGGAUAUUUUGAGUAUGAAUUUUCAGAAAUAAAAUUUUGAUAUAAGGGUCAACAUUUCCAAAAGAUUGGCAUUUGGUUUAAUGUGUUGUCGCUGUAAACACUAGGGCUAUUAUUGGAACAAGGUAGCUUAACGUUGAAGUUUGUACAGAUUGUAACAUUUUUUUACAAUGCUUACACAGCAUCACCUAAAUUUAGGAGGAAAUUCUUUUGGACCAUUUUUAUGUGUUGUAAUGAAUUUCACUGCAACCCUGUACCCUAACUAAGGCUGGUUACUUUGCACUGUAAAGUAUUUAAAAUAUUCAGAUCCUCUUUACAUAUGUUACAACUAUUAUUCUUGUUCUCAAAAAUGCUACCUAAAAAUAUGGUAUAAAAUUGGAAAACAUAACGUUUGAAAUGUAUUGAAAAUGCCUAUUGCAUUUUACUGAUGUUUAAUAGUCUAAAUUCACUCUUAUUUUGGUCUCCAAUGCUAUACUUAAAUCUCUUGUAAGGGCCAACAAUCUCUGCCAACGCCUGAGACUUGAGCACUGCAACAUAUGCAAAAGGAUAAAAUAGUGAGCUUCAGAGAUAGAAGAAACUGCAUAUGCUGGAGUAUCUGAGAUAACAAGGUGUAGAGCUGGAUGAACACAGCAGGCCAGGAAGGCUGACAUUUUGGCCCUAGACCCUUCGUGCACCUCUGCUGCUUGGCCUGCUGUGUUCAUCCAGCUCUACACCUUGUUAUCUCAAAUCGCGAGUUUCCCUUAGUUAUACUACAAUGAAUUUCCCAACUGGCUCGUUGGACGAAAGGUUAUCUUCUCAGCUCCUUUCGUUUUGCAUCUUAAAGUCAAGGCUCCUGAGGAUAUUUUUUAGUUCAUCAAUUUAGCAUCACAGCAGAUUCCCUGUACCCAAUUUUUAUACCAACUAACAGUUUCACACACUAAUCAGUGAAAUCCACUUAUAGUAACCUUGUGGGUGUCAUUAUCAAAUAGAAGUUGUCAAACCCACUUUUAUGAACUUGCACGAUUUUGUUGAGCAAAUUAAAUAGUGCUAGUAUUAUGCUUUAUGCAGCUUGUGAUCUUGACACCCUUAAAGUUAUCCCAGUUUUACAUUCAUCUAUUUUCUGCCCACGACCAGCACUCUGGUUUGUUGUUUUUGAUUUGGAAUGUGAAUGACACCAGCAAAACCAUGUUUAUUACUCCUCAAAAGGGUGAGAGUGGGUCCUCUAUUGGUCCUCUUGCAAGCAAGUUAGUUGUUAGUCUACUUCAGAGAUUGGUUGAAUGAGCUGUAUUUUAAUAAUUCUGGUUUGGCAGGGCCAAAGGGCAUUAGUAAGAUGUUUAGCACAUUCCAGCAAAUUUCAUAGUUUUAAGCCACUAGAUUUAUUACUUUAACAUGCACAUUAUGCUGGAAAUCUGAAUUGAAAACACCACAAUACUUGCAUCAGAUGCUACCUUUCUUGCUUAUUCCUGCAUUCUUCAAUUCAGUGCUCAGAUAGGUUUUGAACUCAACUUCUGGGUUGUUAAUACAGGACAUAAAGGCUCCUUAACUAGCUAAAUUUGUCAGCUGUUUAUGGUGCAGAUAAGUAUUGAACUAAGUGUGAUUGGUCUGAAUUUGUAUCAGUUAAUUAGUGGCUGGGUGUUAAUGUCACUAGCAAUCCAGAGGCCUAGGCAUGGGGAUGUGGAUUCAAAUCUCACCACAGCAACUAGUAGAAUUUAAAUUCAGUUAAUCAAAUAAAUUAAUCUAAAAAUCUGGAAUUGAAAGUCAGUCUCUAAUGAUAUUGACCAUGAAACCGUCUUUGCCGUAAAACAAACUCCUCUUGUUCAUUGCCCUUCCUGUCAGGAAGGAAAUCUGCCACUCUGAUCUGGCCUCCAUGUGCCUUCAGAUCUGUAGCAGUGUGAGUGACUGUUAAUUUCUGUCAGAGGCAGUUAGAGAUGGGGAACAAAUGCUGACCCUGCAAGUGAUGCCACCAUCUCAUGAGUUCAUUUAAAAGAGUACCAAUAUUUAAGAGUGUUACGAUCACAAGCAAUGCACAGAGAGGAGUGAUUGAGCAACUGUUUAAAGCAGCAGUCAGUGAUACUGCAGACAUUAUGGAUCACCUACACUAAUCAUUUGAUUUUUAAGAUCAUUUGAGAGCUGGCAGAACAAGCAGUAAAUUUGUUAUGCUGUGUCCUUAUGGAUUUUUAAGAUGUAUUUAUCAAUUCUCCUACACCCCUAUUCUCUAGAGUGAUUCUAUAAAGACUUUAUUGUGAUGUUAUUAAUAAUGUGUUCAAUGACUGCACUUCGGAAUUGCUUCAUUCACUAUAAAGUGUUUUGGGACAUCCUAAGCUUAAGGAAGGAGCAUUUAUAAUUGCCAGUUUAUUUUUAUUUCCUGAAUAAUGGUAUGUUGUGUCACACUUGAUAAUCUGGUUGAAGAUUAGAUCAUGGUAGUACCUAUAGUUUUCAAUUGAAUCACUCUUAUGGUGGUUUAUUUUACCAUAUGUCUUUUUGUAUGUCAAGGUGCAACAAGGUUUUUACUGUGAAUUAUUGACAUUUUUGUCAACCCUAGUGUCUGCAGUCAAAUCAAAUUAUGUAUUGGUUGUAAAGAUGAUGUGAUUGAUUGAAUUUGCAAGCGCAGUUUCUGAGUUACACUGAAGUGGCUUUCCUUUAGAAUUAACAGCUGGUCCACGGAUAUGCAUGAAAUGCCAAUAGGAUCUUUCAUUUUAUAUGCAUUUUAAACAAUGGAAAAGCAGUGUAAUUUUUAUUGGCCUGUCAGAUUUAUAUUGGCAUGCAAAGAAGGGUGUAAGAAAAGAAAACGCCUUGUUCGCCUAAAUACUAGAAGAUUUUGCACUUUUUGUCAUCAGUGUGCGAAGAUUAUACCUUGUGUAAGGCCAGAAAUAUAUUUUAAAUAAAAAGCCAAAUGUAUGGA